UUCGAGUGAUGCUGACGGACUCUUUAGACUGUUUAGCCGACUAUUCAAAUGGCUCACGCUUUUGUAUUGCUCUGUUCGUGCUUGUGGUGCCUUGUUGGUGUGUUUGGCAUUGAGACAGAUGAAAUAAAGAUGGUGUCAGUGAUGGAGGGAGAUUCUGUCACGCUAGACACGGAUGUUUCAAAAAUUCAAGGAGACGAUCUGAUACUGUGGAGGUUUGGAGAUGAAGACACUCGUGUUGCUGAAGUUAAUAGAACAGCUAAAAUCAUCUCUACAUCUAAAAGUCCUGAAGGAUUCAGAAACAACCUUCAUCUGGAUGAUCAGACUGGAUCUCUCACCAUCACAAAUAUCACAACUGAACACUCUGGACUGUAUAAAGCACAGAUCAUUGGAAAUAAGGUGUCAAGGAAAAUGUUUAUUGUUCUUGUUUAUGCUCCUCUGCCCAUUCCUGCCAUCACCAGUUACUGUCCUCAAAAUCCUUCAUCAGAACGUUUACGGCACUCGAAAUGUGUGUUGGUGUGUUCAGUGGUGAAUGUGACACAGGUGACUCUCUCCUGGUACAAAGGAAACAGUUUAUUGUCCUCCAUCAGUGUGUCUGAUCUCAACAGCCAUCUCUCUCUACCUCUGGAGGUGGAAUAUCAGGAGAACAACAUCUACAGCUGUGUGAUCAACAAUCCCAUCAGAAACCAGACUAAACAUCUCAACAUUACUGAAGUCUGUCAGACGUGUUCAGUCUCUGUUCACUCAGACUGCGUCUGCUCUUGUGACACAACUGAAGCUGUGAUCCGAUUGGUCGUCUGUGCUCUGAUGGGCGUGGCUGCUGUGGCUGCUGCUGUCGUUCUGAUUUAUGACAUCAUCAGAUCCAGAAGACUUGAGCAGGAAAGACGAACUCCGAAAUCACGAUCGGUCAAACAGUGAUACACAGUUAGACUAUUCUUGCUCUUCCUCUUUCAUUUGAAUUUUUUUAUUAUUAUUAUUAUUUUUGGCAAAUUAUUCUUUUUUUUUAAUAAAAACUAAGACUUUUUUUUGUUUGUACAGAGCAGCUGUGUUUGUUGUGAUAAUGGUGUAUUUUCUAUAUUUUAAUCAAAAUACUCCGGAUGCCAAUAAAGC